CAGAAGUAUUAGCUUUGUCAACUUCAUCCGUUGCAGCUAGAGUAUUUGUGUUUAUAAUAUAGAGCAGACAAUGUAUAACUCAAGCAACUACACCUACAAUUACAACCCCAUUUUCUCAUCUAAUAUAUUCAACAUCCCUUCUCCUUGUAUGCAAUAUGAACACGAAUUUUUCUUCCAAUAUUACCAUGAUCAACUUCAACAGAAUCUUGAUGAUACCUUAGCUGAGAUCAGUACUGAGACUGCCAUUAUUAACACGGCAGAUUCCAACAAAGACGACGCUUUAAUAAGUAGAAAUGAACUUGAACAAGAGGAAGGAUGUGAGAAUAAAAAGGGUAAAAUAAGCAGCAACAAGAGAGUGUCUAAGAAAGAUAGACACAGUAAGAUUAACACAGCUAAAGGCCCGAGAGACCGAAGAAUAAGACUUUCAAUUGAUAUUGCUCGCAAUUUUUUCAAUUUACAAGACAUGUUGAGGUUCGAGAAGGCCAGCAAAACUCUGGAGUGGUUGCUUAUAAAGUCAAAAUCUGAUAUCAAGGAGCUCUCGAAAGGUCGCCUAAGCAAAUUAAGCUGCACUACUGUUAUAGGUGCAAAUAGUGAAUCCUCUACUUCUGAAUGUGAAGUUGUAUCAGAAAUUGAUGAAUCUCCAUCUAAUCAUAAGGCAAAUGCUAAAGGAAAUUCUUGCAACAAGGAGAAGGAGAAGAAGAAGAAGGAGAAGGAGAAAUCAGUUCGUCGAGCUGCAUUUUAUCAUCCAUUUGCAAAAGAAUCAAGGAAACAAGCAAGAGAGAGGGCAAGGGAGAGAACAAAACUAAAGAAAAACUUUUGUAAAUCUCAUCAUUUGAACUUAAGAUCUUGGAAUUUCUCCGAAGGGGGCGAAGAAUCAGCGGGAUAUAUUAGCAUGAAUCUUCCUUGUCAAGAAAUGCAAGCUGAAAUAGUUGAAGAACUCACCUCCCACAAUGAGAAGCAGCUUUUAUUAGGGAUUAAAGAAAACAUUGCUAAUGAUUGUAAUUUGGUGGCUACUGGCAAUUGGAGCCCAAAUGCCAUUUUCAACUAUCAACAAAAUGCUGGAAUUCCUCAUGAG